AUGGUACACUUCUCCGCUGAGACGGGGCUCAAGGCCUCUGUGGGAAUCUUUCUGCUUAGCUGCACCUUUCUUGCAACGUCUUACUCCACCACUUUUGCUUUCGAUCAUCCCCUCAACACCGCUGUGAUAACAUGUCUCAUCGCUGGGUUCUCCCUCCUGAUACUAAGCCGGAUCGUCAAUCGCAUCCCCAACCCGGCAUCCUCCGUCCACAAGUACAGCGUCAUACCUUUGGCAGAACGCGACCAAGCCAUUGAUGAACCUUCGUCGCCGAUCAGUCUGGAAAGCAGCAGUAGCAGUAUUGGUCCUUCGAAGACGCGCAACCUGUCUCGAUGGUUCAGAAUCGGCCUAAUCUCCGUGCUUGGCUGCGUCCGGAUUGGUCUUUAUCGCCAGAUAACCACAAACAUUGAAUGCGCGCCGGACGGUUACGCGUAUACAAUCCCCCUUUUCAUCGCUAUCUAUGACUAUUGGCGCAAUCAGCGUGGUCGGUCCGCAACAAAAUGGGCCGCUCCUGAAGAGCCCCAAAAUGCGCCACUUCGCACAAUAGCGACUAUUGCCAGUCGCAUACAUUUCUUCGCCUUUCGCGGCCAGUUGCGUUAUGUCGCGUCAGCGGCUUGCCUGCUGGCAAGCGGAUACCUAGCGGUGGCAUUUGAUAAAGGACGAGAAUCGACAUACAUCUGCGCCACGGUGUCGGGCCAGUUUUCGCGACUACACACGUUGAGAGUGCUAAGCGUCGUCCUCGACUGCUCAAUCUUGAUUGGUGCUGCUGAAUUGUCCAAUGAAGGAACACGACCUCGUGACGGCAGGAGGAAACAGACUUUGGUAUCUUGGGGUCUAAGCCUACUGGGCGUGGCUACAUUCUGGGGUGUAAUAGUGAUCGUUCUCACAAUCAAGUCUCAUGGCGGUGAUGACUUUGUCAAUUCUCAUUUUCUGCGGAGUGCGAUAGGCCAGGGUGUGCUGGUAGCUUGUGUCGUCGUCUCUGCUUCUCAGCUAGUCCCUCACUAUGGCAUUGUCGGGCUUUCGGUGCUGGCUGGCUUUGUCUCUUUGUAUUACACCUGGACUGCGACCCUGUUCGAAGGACACCAGCCAUUCCCACUUAUCACCGCUCCCCGUGCCUUCGCCGCUCUGCUCUUGAAUUAUCUUGGAGGGCUGUCGUUCCUCUACGCGCGAACGGUCUCGGAAGAGGAACCGCAAUUCCUCUAUCGGUUUAACAUAACUUUGCGUGUUGCUUUGACCGUAAUGGCCGGCAUUGGCUUCAUUCUGGUCACCCAGCAAGGCAGUGUCGCCCACUUGCAUCCGAUUGACUUGCUCAUCUACGAAGGCAGGCAACAUCAUGAUAAAUGGCUUCAUCGGGCCAACAACAGUCAAACUCUGGCCGAUGCUGUCGCGCAGUAUCGUCUGCAAUACAAUCAACACCCGCCACCGAACUUCGACAAAUGGUAUGAAUUUGCCACAAAUAAAUCCUCCCUUGUCAUCGACGACUUUGAUGAGAUUCACGAAAACCUGCUUCCGUUCCGCGCUUUGCCGCCUGCAGCAAUCCGCGACAUGACGCAGAAAUUGGCCACAAACCCUUACAAUGAAAUCGGUGCCAUCAGCAUCCGCAAUGGCUCGGCCAGGGUGCAAGAGGGCAUCAAGCCCACCCAUGCUUGGAUGGUUAUUAGUGCCGCCAAGAUGAUCGAGAAGUUUGCCGAACACCUGCCAGACAUGGAUCUGGCUUUUAAUUUGAACGAUGAGCCCCGUGUGGCCGUGCCUUGGGAGAAGAUAAGCGCCCUCAAGGACCAAGCUCGGUCAUACCCAGAACUUCGAGACGAUAGAAUAUCAAAUGAAUGGUCGGCCGACCGUGGCGACCAGUGGCGACCAAUCGAGCCAGCUGAUCAAACGCAUGAAACCAUGUUUGUUGACAACUCCUUCAAGAAUAUCUUCGACCGCUAUGUGAGCCCGACAUGUCCUCCGUCUUCCAAAGCGCGCUCCCAGCGCAUAUGGGACCGCCGGCACCUCUGCAUUAGCUGCGUUCGGCCUCACUCCCUUGGCGAGUUCCCCUCCGACUGGGCCCUGGCGACAGACAUCUGCCACCAGCCUGACCUGGCCCACCUCCACGGCUUCUUCAUGUCCCCAGCCUCGUUCAAAGUCUCGCAGGAACUCGUUCCAGUCUUCAGCCAGAGCGCCAUCGCCGGCUUCGGCGACAUCAUCUUCCCCAGUCCUUGGAACUACGUCGACAAGAUCGAAUACAAACCCUCCACGGAAUAUCCGGAUGCAAACUACACCGACAAGGCGAACACCUUGUUCUGGAUCGGCAGCACCAGCGAGGGUAUCAGUCACUCAGGCGAAUGGAAAGGCAUGCCGCGGCAACGCCUCACUCACCUGAUCAACAACAACACGCACAACCACGUCUCCGUCUUUUUGCCCACCACCGACAACACCACCGACUCGUACCGCUACCAAAUUCUCCCGGGCACGUCUCCCUCCUCCGACCUCCACCUUGACACCACCGUCCACAUCCUCGACCCAAUCGUCCGCUGCUGGCGCAAGGACUGCGACGACCAGGCCGCCGAAUUUGGCCUUACGGGCCGCGUGGACUUUCAAACCCACUGGCAGAACCGAUACCUCUUCGACGCCGACGGCGCCGGCUUCAGCGGCCGCUUCCUUCCCUUCCUGCAGAGUCACAGUCUCCCCUUCAAGACGGGGCUGUUCCGCCAAUGGUUCGAAACGCGCAUCACCCCCUGGCUACAUUUCGUGCCCGUGGACGUCCGCCUCCACGGUCUGUGGAGCACCUUAGCCUAUUUCUCCGGGGUCGAGUCGUCCGCGACCGACCAGACGAAAGCGCCUCCCCUCCUCAAACCCCACGACAUCGAGGGCCAAUGGAUUGCCGAGGAAGGCCGGAAGUGGGCGAACCAGGUGCUGCGCAAGGAGGACAUGGAGAUCUACUUCUUCCGGCUCUUGUUGGAAUGGGGCCGGUUGACGGACGAUCGGCGCGAGGAGCUGGGGUUCAAGCUAUAG